CCAUCCCUCCCAUCCCUCCCUCCCUCACGCCGAGGAGGAGAUGGGGAGAGAGAAGUUUGCCUGCGGCGCAGUCCACUCUAACAUUUACCGUGUUUCAUUUUGGAGAACAGCAACAAGCAAGAAGCCUCCGGAGAAGCUUUCCAGGGAAUAAGCUGAGGAAUAUCCGACUGACUGCACAGACACACACUCACUCACUCAUUCACUCACUCACAAGCUGACUUUUUCUCCUCUUUAAAUUAAAAAUACUUCUCAUUGAUGUCGCCAAACUAGUGGGAAGCUUUGGGUCAGUAGGACGGACUGUUGUCUGUCGGAGGGUGCUUUCUGAAUCUCGGAAAGACGAUAAUAAAGAGAAGAAGAAGACAGUCCUUGAAGUGAAAGUGACGAAAGAGUCCGACUCAGAAUGAAUAACAGCAAAACCGAGAAAGAAAACGAGCCAACCAGUGAAUUCACCAACCACGAAGAGGAGGUCCGAACGCUAUUUGUCAGUGGGCUACCACUGGAUAUUAAGCCGCGGGAGCUCUAUCUCCUGUUCAGACCAUUUAAGGGCUAUGAAGGCUCCUUGAUAAAACUCACUUCUAAACAGCCGGUGGGGUUUGUCAGCUUUGACAGUCGAUCAGAGGCGGAGGCUGCUAAGAAUGCCUUGAACGGGGUCCGGUUUGAUCCAGAGAUCCCCCAGACCCUUCGGCUGGAGUUCGCCAAGGCCAACACCAAGAUGGCCAAGAACAAGCUGGUUGGCACUCCCAACCCCCUACCCUCCCAGCAGAGCCCCGGGCCACAGUUCAUUAGCAGAGACCCCUAUGAGCUCACAGUGCCUGCUCUAUAUCCCAGCAGCCCAGACGUGUGGGCGUCUUACCCGCUGUACCCGGCGGAGCUGUCACCGGCCCUCCCACCCGCUUUCACCUACCCCUCCUCGCUCCACGCUCAGAUUCGCUGGCUCCCACCUGCAGAUGGAACUCCUCAGGGAUGGAAGUCCAGGCAGUUCUGCUGAAGUAUGUGUUCCUGAUGUGUGAUGGUGGCCGUGGCCGGCUGUGACGGGCGUUGCUGAUUGCCUCUCGUGUCCAAUUAGAAGCCAGGAGGACUGACCUGACUCCGGCUCACGGAGCAGCGUACCGUCGGCAGCAGCAGCCUCAUGGGCCUCAGGACAUACUAGACCCCAGCCUCCAUCACACAUCGAGCCCCCCCCCCCCCCCCCCCCCCCCCCCACCCAAUCCCUCCACCCUCCCCAAAGUCCUUCCAACUCUUUUUUAUACUGUUACAUACUCAAGAUUUACCGGCAGCGCUUUGGCUACACCUCCAUCUGACACCUCCAUGAAAUGUACCGGCGACAAAGGCGCACCCUUUGUUCACCAGUCGACUGCUGUCCAACGCUAGCAGGUCUCUCGCUGUGCAUUCUGUAUACGCAAGCGUAAAGACAGGCCGAGUGCAAACGUUUUAUGCAGCCGCUUCGCAAGGCCAGACGUAUGGAGAAGUGUGGCCGAAGCGCCGCCGGGGUAACGUUAUUAUACGACUAUAAUUAUUACUAUUCUGUAUAUCAUUCAUAUUAAUGUUAUUAUGAUUAUUAAAUACAUGUUGGAGCAUGACUUUGCAAAAAACAAAAGGAAAAAAAACAACAAUGCUGUACAUUUUUAGAUAUUUUAAAGAAAUACAAAAAAGUAUUUUUGUAAUCAAGUUUUGAAAUUGUUUGAUUGGUUCAUUUUGUGCUAAAGUGUGCGAGGAACUUUCAUACUUUUUUUUUUUUUGCCCUUUCUUUUUUCGUGCCAUUAUAAGAUGGUAAGUCGCCCUGCUAUACCAAAGCAGUCCUGUGGGUUUGCGCUUGUCUUUUCUACAUCCUGUGUGGAUUUUGUUUUGCUCAUGUUGCAUCUUUGUGUGGCGUCUUCACCUGAUGAAGCAAAGUCCUUUGUCUGAUGUGCUUUUGGUUCAACCACGCUGUAACUCUGAGUGAGAGAAAAACACACCUGAUCCCGCUCAUAAUUUUUGCAGUUAGAGGUAAUCAGAUGUGUUAAAAGAGACAGGAAUAAGCCGUCACUGGUGAAGUGACCCCAGAGACUGUAAAACAUGGCAAACUGAGCCCUGCUAUAAUAAGGAAGUUGCUCCUUCGUUGUGUAGCAGGAGGACAGCAGCACAGAAACAAAAGACCAAAGGCAUUUUAUUUUUUACACUGGAGAGCUAUCUAGGCUAGUGGAAUUAUUCCGUCUUCUGACUGCUUUGUAGUCUGAUUUCUUAUGAAGUAUGACUUUAUUUUGGCUGCAUGUCUCUUUUUGGUGUCACUCCAAAAGAGCCACUCUGCAUCUGAAAGGAUAGUCACUUUAGGCAAUUUGUCUCUUUUGUCUAUUUUUAGGGAGCCGACGUGAUUCAACCUGCUUUUUUUACAUAGUGAUGAUUGGAGUGUGAAAAAAAAAUUACUAAUCUUUUGUAAUCGUGUGUAUUCUGGGCCCGCAAUAACGUCUUUGCUGUUUGACAUAUCAUCGAUUGAUCAUAUUUCUGUGACAUUUUUGACGCCAAAAUCCUCAUUCAUGUCGCAUUCUUACAAAAACAAACUUUUCUGAUGAGGCCAAGUCACAUUUCAGUGAUCAAAAACUGUAAGAAAAACAAUCUUCCCAAAGCCCAGGUGUGUACAAUCAUAUUGGAGUGGUUGAAUCAUAUAGUCAGUGUUUGUAAUGAAUAAUAAUAAUAUGCACAUCAUGUCAACUGAGCAGUUUUUGCUUUUGCAGACAUUUUUUAAGCCAAGUGUGGCACCAAAUUUAUUAGAACAAGUAUUUAUAAGGUGUGUGUGUGCGUGUGUGUGUUUUUAUGGGUUUUUAAAGUUCAUAGACGAUGCCCAUCAUAUAAUUCAUUGUAAGUAUUAUUGUAAGUUUAAUUGUAUAUUCAUUUGGUAAUUUUCUAGAGCUUCUUUUGUGUGUUUGUAUCUGAUAUAUGAAUACUGUUUUACCUACAUAAUUCACUGUGAAAUCCAGAGAAAAACUUUGAACGAAUGGUUCUUUUUGUGUUUUGCCAGCAGUACGGUACAGAAGUUCCUGGAAAUUAAUAAUGAUGAUCCCUCCCUUUUGUCAGUCGUUUCAGUACACCAUGUGCGUACCUGUGUGUUCUGUGCAUGUUCACGGCAUGUGUGUGUUCUUCUUUUCUUUAUUUCUUAAUGCAUACAGUACUGUUGUAUAUUUAUGUACUUUAGCCGCUGUAAGGAGAAACUGUAUUUCAGUGAAUUGCAGAGGAUUGUUUGUUUGAAACCAAAAAAAAAAAGGUGAUCAAAAUGAGAAGUUUUUAUGAAAAUGUUAAAUGAAGACAUUUCAGGCCGUCUGCCAUUAAAGAUUGACGUCAUC